AUGUCAUUGUCAAAAGGGAGAAACGUGUUGAGAGUGGUGAGUUUGAGGCAAAAACGAAUGCUGACUUCUUUCAAUUUGAAGGUUGCGAAUCGAAAUGAAAGAGCCCAACCAAUCAUUCUUUUGGAUCCAGAAAAAGCAGAAGACCCGGCUGGUAACUUUUCAAGAGAGAUGGUAACCAGUGAUAUUCUUUCAAAAAUAGUGUAACUGGAGAUGUGGAUUUCAUUUUUAGACAAACAAGCCUCGACUCAGGUCUGAGAUGCGUCGCAUUCCGGAACUUCAGUUUUCGGUUGAGAAUUAUUUCUCUGCGUUCGUGGAAAAAGACAAAGAGGUGGGAAAAACUUUGUUAAAAUCCACAGAGGGAUCGAGUAAUUUGUAGAAGUUUUUCGAAAUGAUGAUUCUUCUCAAACGCGAACAUGGCUCAGAGGCAGAAGAUUUGAUUGAGGGAUGUUUGCGGAAGUACGCGUUCAGAGUCGCCAAUAUGAUCCAUGAAGGUCAAUUAGACUUGGCCAGGAUCAGGUAUACGGUAAAAAGGGAAACUUAGUCUACUUUCAGUUCAGAAGAGGCUUGUCUCACGACAAAAGUUUGAAUACGUAUAUUGUCAAAGCGAAUCGCGAAAGACUCGAAGUUAUCGACGACGAGUUCGAAAAGCAGUUGAGAGCGCGUUUUGUAAGCUUCUGGUUCUCUUAGCUUGUCAAACCGCAGUCUGGUGAAUUUUUCCGUUGCAAUUGAUAAACAAUCAAAAAAGGCAUCCUUUGCGGUCCGAAAGAACUUAUUUAAAAACAAAAAUGGAUGAAAUGACCAUUUAUCGCAGUGGAAAAAUUUCUUGGCCGAAGUUCUAUGGUUCAAUCAGACUCGAAGGGAGAAAUUUAUAGCUGAUUCACGGCUGGCUUGAGCCAUUAAAAAAAAAGGGUCCUGACACGAUGAUAAAAUAGGUAGUGCCUGGUUGGUGGAGAGCGCAGACACGCCACGCCCCCUCAGCGUCUCAGGUUGGCUAUGAGUCGACUAUAUCAUGAAGACAAACCAAAAGAUUGGAAAAAAGAAAAACGAGAAAAAUAGGUUUCCAAUUUUUGAGGUUUACAAAAAAUUUUUCACAGUGCUUCAAGUCAACAUAGCUUUUAAAAAAUGAACAACUGUUUGAAUUACAAAAAAAUUGAAAUGAAGUACAUUUGCUUUGAUCUUAUUCAUUGUAUAGGACUUGAUGCCGACCGAAUCUUUCUGGCCGGAGCUCCCAGGCCCACUUCCAGGUCAACUUUUUGACGACGGCCCCGAGCUCAGCGAUUUUAUCCGUGUCAUGCAUCACGCCUUCACCAUAAGAAAACUUCUGGAUUACCAGGAUAUAUUCAAAAUUCGUAAAUUGAAAAUUUGGUGAUCUUGGUCAUGUCUCGUUGGUUUAAGAAGAAUUGUACGGGGCGUUGGGGGAUAAUUUCAACGGAUUUUCGUCAUGUACGUACUCGCUUUACGAGGCGCUUCUUCGUUUCAUUGUCAAGUCGCCAGAGUUUGAGGUUCCAUAAUCAAGAAUUGAACUUAUUUUCUUCUUUUUAUUAUCAUUACAUCAGACUAAAACAACAAAAUAAAUGAUUUGAUUUGAUUUGAUCAUUGGACAAGUAAUUUUUUUAACGUUUUCGAUGCAAUUUCAAUACGUUUCCUUUUUUUCUAGUUCCACGAGCAUUUGGAGACACGGCUCAACCAGUUCACUUUGAAUCCUUAUACUCUUUCUGAAAUCUGCCGAGGCUUCAUUCUAUCCUGUGGAUUUUGCACGUGGGUCAACAUAUUCGAAGUUUAAGCUAUGGUCGUGACGCCUCUCUAGUGACCACUAGAUUUAGCAGAGCAAAAUAAACAGUUCAGAAAUCCCGACAGCGACGGUAAGAACAACGGCAAAAAAACUCUGAAUCCAUCUCUUCAGGUCUUCAUCUUGUGAAAAAAACAACGAAAAAAAAAUUCAGGCUUUGCGCGAGCAAAUUUUGGCAGAGUUGGAUCGUCCUGUUCAAAUUUUCGAACUCGACAGAAAAACGCAGAUCAAAGUCUUGGAUUUUCUAUUCCAAUCACUUCUGGAUAUUGGAUCCUAUGUGGUGGGUUUACAUGUGGGCGCAAAAAGAAUUAUUCCGGAUGGUAUUUUCAGACUGAUUUGGACUAUUGCGACGCUGAUCCAGAAGCUCGCCUAACGGAUGAAAAGAAGGUUUCCCAUAGCUGAUUUGCGCCAAGACUUGAGACAGAUUUGAACCCAAAAGUCUCUCAAAAAUAUUUAACUUCGCGUCCGUAGUCCUGAAUUCUCUUCCUCUCUCUCUUUCGAUUAGAAGAUUUUCCAAUUUUUUCGUGACCUUUUCGGUGAGGGAAAAGAGCGCACAGACAAGUAAGACUGUUUGAAGGCGAAAAUAGACGAAUAUUCAUCCCUUCUGCUUGCAGGUCUUCAGGAACCGCAGGCUUCAGAGAAAAAGGCUCCUUCCCUUUGGAAUAGACAGGAAAAAACGAAAAUACUUUUGGAUUACCACUUUGCCGGAAUCUGGAAUUUGGAUCCUUGAGGUGAUUUAAAAAAAAAUAUUGGAAUGAAACUUUCAAGAAAGGGUUGAUGGAAAAUCUUAAGCAAAAAAAGAUUAAUAUUGAAAAAUGGGUUUGAGGAACCUGUUGUUCUCCAUUUUAAGGUCUAGUUGUGAUAGGCAAUCGAAACUGAAAUUUAAGAGAAAAUAGGUUUUUAGUAAUUUUUCGAGUCUCGAUUCAUUCUCUAGGACGAAGGGGUUGCCUACGAAAAGUGGUGGAAGAUCAGCACGGAAUCUGAUUUCGAGAUCCUCUGUGCGCAAAUGAAUCCCGGGAUACCAUCUGAGGCUGCUACUCUGAAAGUUUGCGUUUUUCUUCCUCUGAUAAUUAACGCCGUAGUUGAGUUAGGCUAGUUUCUCUGCGCUCUCUCAAGUUCAGCUGCUCUUUCAUGUUCCAAUGAAUGGCCCUGCCGUUUAGGGAGAAGAGAGCGCAGACAAGUCAGACUACUUCAAGUGGUGACUAUCAAGAAGGUCAUUUUACUUUGCGGUUGAGGAUUUCUUGUGAAUAGGCCAGAAAAUACUUGUUGUAACAGAAGAAGAUCCUGAAAGUCUCCUGCACAACUUUCUCCUCUAGGAGAAAUAAAGGCCUAAAGCCCCAAAAUAACCAAUUUUAAUGGAUUAUGAGGGUUUUAUUUGAUUUAGAGCCCUUUUUCUCUUAAAAACGAGGAAGCCGUGCAGGUUGAGGCUUCCGGUACAUCAAGAAGCGUUCUGACCAAUUUUCAGGAAAGUCCCAACCGAAACGUGAAAUGAACUUCCUUGUAAGUGGCUAUAGUCUGUUCAGAUUUUGAAUGUCAAGUCGUUGCUCAAGCUCCGCCCCUAAUGGUGCGAUAAACCAAUCAGAGAGCGAGCUAUUCACAGAGUGUUUUCGAAUGACGUCAUUGCACUUGAAAUUAAUAAUCUGAGCAGACUAUAUUUAAAUUUUCGAUUUUCAGUGUUUGGAAGCAAAAAAAGACGCCAUUCGACUGAGUAUCAACAUGGCGCGAGAAGCCAACUCUGAAACGUUCUCAAAAUUUUUUUUUCCGAGAAAAAAUUUCUUUCAGAGUUUCUCGGCUGAUCAACUUCUCCGAUAAGCUGAAGAUGACGAUUGCGGACUUGGCUUCAGAACUGGAAACUGGAAAAUUGUGCUCCAUGAGGAGUUUGACAUUUUUUGGAAAAAAUCUUUUUCAUGCGCAAGAUUUUGAUUCAAUCGUAAGUUGAUGAAAAUUGCUCCAAGUCAAUCCGGAUUUCAAGAAAACUCACAUUUUGCAACUCUAUGAUUCGAUCCACAAAGGAGCUGUCAAUGUGAGAACUACAAAAUAUUUCUAUUGUGAGUUCCUUUUUUUAUUGAGCUGACUGGGGUCCUUUGCAGUUUUAUUUGCUAGUCCAUUUUUUUUAAACUUUAGAGUGCUGAAAAGAUCGAAGGGACGAAACAAAUCAGAUGACUUUGUUGUUUUUUUAUUAAAACUUUCCUCAAAUAUGAUUUUGAAUAAUUCUUUUUUUCUCAGUUUUUUUGUCAUUUUUUUCAAUUAAACUUGUUUUAAUUUCGAAUUUACUCAACUUUUUUUAUGGUCUAAACUCAAUUCGUGGUUUUUCAAUGAGAUAUUCCAAAGCUUAAAAAAAUACCUGAUGAAAGUCGUCAGAAUUCAGAAUUAAUCAAAAAUUUGCAUCAAAAAAACUACAAUGUGUAGAUUUUUUUGUAGUUUUUGUAAUAUUUGUAAUCUUUUGUAGUCUAACUGUUCGUUGUUACGGAAAAUUUCAAAAUUUUAUCAGGCAAAAAUGGAUAAUUUUCGGAGUCUUUCUACGAUUUUCCAUUUUCAGAAAGUAGUUUUUUUUUCCAAUGUAUUCAAUAAAAAAGGGAAAUUUCGGUUUUGAACUUCGUUUUUUUCAAGACGCAUAUCUCGCACUGAAUGAAAAUUGGAAGGAUUUGAUUGAUGCCGCGGAAAAUUUCUCACAACUUCAUCUUUUGGUCGAGCUUCUCAAUACUAGGAUCUGCUGGGAGAAGGGAAUUACCAACAGGGUUAUUUAUUUAUUUAUUUAUUGUAAUUUUUUUUUAAUGAUUCCCAAGAUUCUCGACGACCUAAAACUUUUCAAUUUUAACACGUAUGGAAAAAAAAGUCGAUUUUUUUUUCCCAGUUAUAGCAUGAACUCAAGAGAGUUUUUUUUUCCGAAACUUCAUUUUUAUUUGAAGUCGAUUUGCGAGUACAACCAGUGACCUUUUCACGCUGGAAAGAAGGUUUUCGCGAUAAAAUAAAGAGGAAUUUCACGGGUUUCUACGAUAAUAUUUUUUCUUUUCAAGCCUACAUGUUGUUUUGUUCUUGUCUGUAGAUAAAUGAAUAACUUUAAAAAAAUAAAACUAAAUUUUCAAGUAAAAAGUUGUGUUAGCUCCUAUUUUAGCGAUGCAAAAAGUGCGAUUCGCGCGACAAAAAAGAGGACAAAGUCUUGUGCGAGAAAUGCUUCUCGGUGUACCAUUGGAAGUGUCUUCAGCCAACAGGCAGAAAGCGACGGACAGGGUUUUUUUCUAGUUUUUCCUUUAAAAAAGCUCAAUUUUGUCAGUUGGAUCUGUGAUUCUUGUACCGAACUGAAGGACGACGAUGAGGUCGAAAAUAAACCGAUUCCUCCUCCGGUCAGUUUUUUUUUUUGGCUUUUUCUCUGAGUGAGACUAGGCUCAUGGUUUUCCCUUUUAUUUCGAUUAUGUGUUUAAAAAGUGCCUAGGGGAUCUGUUAACGCUUGAAUGAAAAUAAACAUCUUUAACAUAAAUAGUUCAAGCCUGCUCCCAAGUGUCUCAAGCACGAGGAUAAAUCUUGGAUUAAGGAUUUUCAAAUGAAGAAUUGGUUUUUUUUUUUUUGUGGUCGCCUAGGCAAGUACUUUCUGAGCUCCAAGUAGGGAUUAAUGAAAGGAAAAAGAAUUUUUUUUCGAUUCUACAAGUAAAAAGGCACUCUAAGAUUUUCCAUGACUUUUUAAAUUUUAAAUCUCUCGAUAAGUUUCCUUUUUUUAAAGUUUGAGAAUCUUAAUGUUUGUAGGACGUUGUGGAGCUUUACCAGGAUUAUUUCGAGCUCUGCGAUCCGAAAUUGCUCGAGUUGAUGAAGGAAGUGCCGAACUCCACUGGUCGUUGUUUUCAGUAUUUGACCAUCAGAAAAUAUCUGAGAACAGUUAUAUUCUGUUACCGUAAAUAAUCAUGAGCAUUUUUAUUUCAGUAUAAAACCUGCUUGUCGUUGAAGGCCGCCAUUCGGAAGUUUUUGAGACUCGCCAAACAAAAGUUCGAGGUAAAAAAAAAUUGAACUGGACUAAGAAUUGAAAAAUGUUUGAUAGAGAAAAAUUUGAGAAAAUUUGUUUCAAACUCCACCUGACCCGAGCCCGCGCAGGCUUCUUUGUAGAGAAAAUGCCCGGGUCGACCAAGCCCGCUUUUUGGGUGUAUUCCAAAGCUACCGGUGUGGCGACCCUAACUGCUAAUUUGAAAAUAAUUGAGAAAAGAACUUUUGAAAAAAUCAAGAAAAUUAGGCUUUUAUUGACGAUUUCGCGGGCCGGACCGCCCGGGGCGACCGGUUUCAUCAGCAGCUCUGUUAUAUUCCCUAUAAAUUUUCUAGAAACUUCUUGAAAGGUCUAGACUUUAAAAGAUAUCUCUUAUUACUUCUCUUACUUCUUUGUGAUGUAAACUCUCAAAGACAUCUUUAAAAAUAUCGAAUUUUUUUUUUCAGAAGACGAAACCGAAGGCUCUUCGAAAAAUGGAAGAGCUGUAUACUCGCCUGGUUCGAUACUGA